CGGUGAGCGGCACGCGGUUGCGCCAAUGGGGCCGUCCGUCCCUGGCGCAGGUGAGCGGCUGCUCCCGCCGCCCGUUCCGGCCUGGCCGCCAUGGAGCCCGUGGGAGCCUGGGGCCCUGCGCGGGCGGCCGCCUGGCUCCGAGGUCUGGAUGCGGCCGUGCAGGGGUACCCCUUCGAGUCCUGGGGGCUGGCAGGACCCGAGCUGCUGCGGCUGUCGGUGGGGACCCUGGAGGCGCUGGGCGUGCGGUGCCUGGGGCACCAGGAGCUGCUGCUGGAGGCCGUGGAGCAGCUCCGUGCCUUGGAUGCGGAGCUGGCGAGCACCAGCUUGCGCACGCUGACGGAGAGGCUGCGGGAGCUGGCACAGGGCAUCCAGAGCCUGGUGCUGGGGGGGCCACCAGCAGGGGUUACCCCCAGCCCACCCCCCCUCACCCUCCUGGCCCGAGUCAUUGACCUGAUCGGGGCCGCCAAGGGGCUCUUCCUCUGGCUCAACAGGUACCUUUUCUCCACCCUCAAUGACUUCUCAGCCAGCCGGGACAUCGUCCUGCUCUGCACCCAGCUGGCAGAGACCCUGCAGGCGGACAGCCCUGCGGCUGAGAGGGAUGGCCGGAUCCUGCGGAUUUGCCAGCACAUCGUGGGCAUCUGCGAGAGCAUCGUGAGCUGCAGCCCCGCGGCGCUGCUUGAUCGCAGGGCUGUGCUGCAGCGUGUGGGGCUGGCACUGCCCCCCAGCCCAUGGGGCAACCCCUCAAUGUCCCCUGACACCCCAACACUGCCCUCCAGCCCAUGGGGCAGCCUCUCGAUGGCCCUUGACACCACCACGCUACCCGCCAGACAACGAGGGAGCCCCACAAUGUCCCUCGACACAAUUACGCUGGCCCCCAAUCCACGAGGGAGCCCCCCGAUGUCCUCCAACACCUCAACAAUGGCCUCCAGCCCGCAGAGAACCCCCCCAACGUCCCCUGACACCCCGACGCUGCCUUCUGACCUGAUGUGGAGCUCCUUACCGCUUCUGACCACUCCAUUGGGCUUCGAGAUCACCUCCACCAGCUCCUGCUUGCACUUUGUGUCUGCGACCAGCUCGGAGGCUCUGGCUGCCCACGGGGGCCGCAUCCUGCCCGGAGACGAGAUCGUGCAGGUCAACGAGCAGGUCGUGGUGGGCUGGACACGCAUCAACCUGGCGAAGAAGCUGCUGGAGAAGAGAAGCAAGGUGACACUGGUGCUGAAGAACAUUCCCCUCGACCCGUCAAGCUCGCCUCCCUCUCCCACGCAACAGGGGACCUUGAUGGGAUGUGGGCUGGCCCUGACACUCCAUCAGCAGCUCACGGGAGCGUUUUCGGAUGCUACGGAUCCACCAAGCACCAGGAGCAGCGAGUGCCCAGGCAGCCCCGUGUCCCUGACCUCCAGCACUGCUGCCGACUUGGACUCAGGACCAGACUCAGCGCUGGACCUCAUCACUGACGAAGAGGACAGAGAGGACGAGCGGGACUCGAGGCUGCCCAGGGCGGCUGAAGGGCUGUCCGGCUGCGGUGCUGUGGAGGAGGCAGCGGCGUGGGAGGGUGGCACCCCGUGCUCUCCGGGCACCCCUACUGCUGCUGGACCCUGCCCCGUGGAGCUCAGCCCCCCGACAGCCCCUGUCACAGGCACUGGGGACACAGAGCCUGGCCAUCUCCCUGCGGAGGGCAGCCCACAGACAGGACGAAGACAAAAAGGAGUGGCGACCAGGCUGAGCCGCCGGCGGGUCUCGUGCCGGGACCUGGGCCGGGUGGAUUGCGAUGGAUGGCUCCUGAAGAAGAAAGACCAUGUGGGCUUCAUGGCCCAGAAGUGGAAGCGGUGCUGGUUUGUGCUGAAGGGCCACACGCUCUACUGGUACCACCACCCCAAUGAUGAGAAAGCCGCAGGUCUCAUCAACGUGGCCACCUACGACCUGGAAAGCACCAGGGAACAGAAGAAGAAAUACGUGUUCCAGCUCUCCCAUCAGAGGUACAAGCCCUUCAUCUUUGCUGCAGAAACGCUGGCUGAUUUGAGCAUGUGGGUCAGUCACCUGAUAACAGCCAAAACAAAGUACACACUGGCCCAUCAGUCGGUCCCGGACAAGGAGGAAGACUGCUACAGCGAGACAGAAGCUGAGGACCCUGAUGAGGAAUCUCCCAGACAAGGAUGCGACUUGCCCAAGAAGAGGCCGCCAAACGCCCUGGAGAAAGCUCAGCUUUUCUCGGCUGGUGGUGAACCCAGCAGUGCAGCUGGCAGCCCCCAGGGCAGCCCCCGGCCCUGCUCGCCCAUGGACCCCACCGGGGAAGAUCUCGAGUGCCUGAUGCAGUGCCUGAAGCAGGGCGGGGUGUCCCUCAUUGGGCAGCAGCGGUUCCUGACACAGGAGCAGUACCGCAAAUCCUUCAUCCGGCGCAACAAGAACCCCCAUAUCAACGAGAAGGUGCACGCGGUGCGAGCCCUGCAGAGCACGCUCAAGGCGAAGCUGGUGGAGCUGCAAGCCCUGGAGCAGCUGCUCAGCGAUGCUGCUCUCACCUCGGAGAAAUUCAGGCACUGGAAGGAAGAGCACCAGGAGCUGUACCAGGAGCUGCGGGAGUUGUGGGCACGGCAGCAGGGCCAGGAUGCUGACGGGGGGCUCGGGGCUGAGCAUGGAUCCCCUGAAGGGGCAGCCGAACCCUGACACCAGCACCUCUCUGGCAUGGACUGUUGCGGGUAAAAACCACGGAGCUGCAGGAGCAAAGCGGGCGCCCUUUCCAUGCUGAGGGGGUUGUGCCAGGGGAUUGAUGACAGUUCUGAAGACUCAGCUCCCAGCAUGGACUUGCCACAGGAGAUGUGGAUUCCGCAAAUCCCCUCUUCCUGGGGCAGGACAUUACAGUGAGCCUUGCUUUUGUCAGGAAUGUUUUACCUUGGCUGCAGGGCCCUUUUCCUGGAAGAAUGUGCCCCUGCUGUGCACACCAGCCAGGGUCUCCUCUGCUGUAAAUAAAACUGCA